GCCUCUGGCACAGACCAGAGAACAGGCAAGGAGGUGGGGAAGGGACCCCAGGACACCUCAGACACUGUGGACCUGAGUGACCCGAACAAGCACUGCCACCUGUGUGCCGCCACCUUCAACAACCCCCACAUGGCCCAGCAACACUACGUUGGCCGCAAGCACCAGAGAAAUCACUCCCGCCAGCAGCUGCUCAAAGACCUGGGAGAGGACCCCGCACAAGAUACCCAUGCCCUACACUGUCUGACUGUCUAUGGUCAUCAGCCAGUCAAUGAAAUGGGUGGAAAGGAAAGCAUUCCUGGAAUGGAAAGGGAACCAUUGUCAGAGAAAAUGGGCUAAUGUUUUUAACCCCUCAAAUAGCUCUCUCUCCUUCAAAAAUGUGUCUAUGUGUUUGAGUGUUGUGGGGAGCCGAGCAAAGCAAGGUUUCUGAGUAAUAAUAUUAUUCUGUCUGCAAUUCCUCUGUCUGCAGCCAACUCCUGUCCAGUGUGUAACAUUAAGCUAGACUCUGUGGAGAUGUACCAGGCUCACAUGCAAGGAAACAAGCACCAGAUCAAGAGAACAACCACAUAA